AAAGCACGGAAAGAGGACGAGCGAGCGAGAGAGAGAGUGAAGUGCCGUUAGCAGAACUCACACAUCAUUCUGUCACCCACACACUCUGACUAGCUGAGGAAGAGGGGGUGCCGAUUAAAGCUCUGAUUGACGAGAGAGAGAAAGAGAGAGAGGACUGUGAGGUGCCCCUCAGGAAAGAAGCUACCAGUUUUAGCAGCUUAAAAGCAGGCGGAGACAGACGGAGAGAGAGAGAGAGAGCGAGAGGGGGGGGAAGAAGAAGAAAGGCUGCAAUCCGAUCAUCGGACCGCCACACAAGCCAAGAACAUCUGUACCCGCUGCUACUGAAACCAGCUCCUGUUCCAGACCAGUCCUGCUCCUCCUGCCUCUUCAAGGCUGUCAAUCCUGGGUUUCUUACUUCUCCUCCUCCAGGUUACAACACUAACCAAGUGGAGAGUUACUGAUGUGAGACAAAACAGCGUAGAGGAAUUGAAGACUGAAACCCUCUCGCUCUUGGUCUAUAGCGGAGCGAGAGCUGCAGGUGGACGGGUAGGAGUCUUCGUACCGCUGGACUGGAUCAGGCUGAGAGGCCAGCAAAGAGGAAGCCCUGACUAACUCCGUCAGCGGGAAGCUGUGUGUUCAGGCCGCCUCGUGUUUCUUCUUCUUAUUUUGCUUUUGUUGAACUCCUGCCCGCUCUCUGCACACUGAAGCAACUAGAGAGAGAGAGAGAGAGAGAGAGAGAUUGAGAGAUUGAGAGAGUGAGAGAGUGAGAGAGUUUGUUGACCAGUGCUGGACUCUCAGUGUUUUUUCGACAGCACACUAAGAUCAUAGAUUGGGAAGGAGCGAGACGGUGUUGAAACAGUUCUCUCUCUCAGUGCCUGUUUGUAUUUGUUUGUAUUUGUUUUUAUAUAUAGGUGGGGAGCAGCUUAGUACAAAUUUGAUUGCCACAUACUCAGUCAAUUAUUCCGUGACAGAAUUUGUUUGUAGGUAAAGUGAGGCAGAUUACCAGCUUUCACUGAGAGCCAUUAGAUAAGAGAGCCUCUGUUUCCCUGGAAAGCUGUUAAGGUCUGAAGGUGACUCUACAUCCUCCCCAUACAGUGGGCAAGUUAGUCUGUGCUGCCUAGGAGAGCCGUUGAGGUGAGAGAGUGACUCUGUUGUCUUGGAGAGUUGCUGAGGUGAGAGUGACUCCUUGCUUUGGCGGAGGGUCGUUAAAGUGACUAGCUACAGUGAGCGGUAGGGCGUACCAGUCAGGGCCAGUAGGGGACACCAUGAGGGCACAGUGCUUGGCAUUGGUGGUGCUGUGGGUGAUGGGAGUGGCCUGGCGGGUCGGGGGCCUGUCCACCUGUAAAACAGUGGACCUGGAGCUGGUGAAGAAGAAGCGGAUAGAGGCCAUACGCGCCCAGAUCCUCAGCAAGCUCCGCCUGCCCAAAGAGCCGGAACCAGAGCAGAGUGGCGAGGGGGAGGAGAUUCCACUCAGCCUGAUGUCCGUCUACAACAGCACCAUGGAGAUGACCCAAGACCACACCCUCCAUCCGCCGGCCCCGCCCACCUCACCCGAGCAGGAGGAUGAGAAGUACUUUGGCAAGGAGAUGCACAAGUUUGAAAUGAAUUCGCACAACGACACCAGGGACCACCUGCAGUUUAAUGUGAGCGCGAUUCGGGCCGCCGUCGGGGGCGAGCAGCUGGUCACACGCGCUGAGCUCCGCCUCCUUAUUAAGAACACCAACAUGCUGCCCGAUAGAGAGCAGAGGCUGGAGCUCUACACGGGCGUGGGCGGGGCGUCCCGCUACCUUGGCUACCGCUUCAUAUCCAACGAGCUGAGGGACCACUGGCUGUCGUUCGACGUCACGCUGACACUCAAGGAAUGGCUGCAGGGGGCCGAAGAUGAGCAGUGGUUCCAGCUGAAGUUAUAUUGUGAAUGUGGGAAAUCAUCGGAACCCUUCCACUUCACAAUCUCAGGGAUGGGGCAGCAACGGGGAGACCUGACAGCCUUGAAGGCGUUGACGCCCUACAUCCUGGUGAUGUCACUUCCUGCCGACCGCGCUGACCAUCUCAACACUAGAAGGAAACGUGCCACGACUGAGGAAGAGUUCUGCUCUAAAAAUUCUGAAAACUGCUGCAUGAGGAAUCUGUACAUCGAUUUCCGGAAAGAUCUGGGCUGGAAGUGGAUCCACAAGCCGAAGGGUUACUACGCCAACUACUGCCUAGGAUCCUGUACCUUCUUCUGGAAUGCCGAAAACAAGUAUUCCCAGAUCUUGGCUCUGUAUAAGCACCAUAACCCAGGAGCGUCAGCUCAACCCUGCUGUGUUCCCCAGUUCAUGGAGCCCCUACCCAUAAUCUACUAUGUGGGCAGACAGCACAAGGUGGAGCAGCUGUCGGACAUGAGCGUGAAGUCCUGCAAAUGCAGCUGAGGAAGAGGAUGUCCUUCUUCGCUCUCUCUGACUGGAAGCUUCCGGAGAGAACGCGGGUGGGCGGGUUCGCGUGUCAGAGAGCUCGGAGAAGAGCAGGAGUGUGACAGACGGACACACGGAGAGGAAUGGACAGAUUGAGAGGGACACAGAGAGGGGUGAACGGCGGAUGAGGAAGAGAGGAACACUGUGGACAGGAAAUGGAAAUGAGGUCACAGUUUCCCACGAUGCAUCACUGCAACCGCUGUCUUAGUCAGGAGGACCCUCGAUGGAACAGUCCAGGAACGAAGAACGUUUAUAUAAAUCUUAUUCAUAAAUAUAAAUAUAAAUAUAUAUCCCAUCUUUUCUCCAUGAAUUAAUUUAUUUUGUUUUAUAGGCUAUUGUGUGGUAUGGUAGGCAGGGGGAGAGAAGGGGUGUGUUCUUCCAUUUGCAGCAAAAGGUCAAAGGUCCCUCAGAAUGCUUCAUUGCCUGCGCUAUGCUGGACUGGAUCUGCCCCCAUAGAGCUAGGGGUGUAAAUUACCCAGAUUAUGCUUUACACUCCACUCUCAGACCUGACCCGACACGCGGGGGCACUUGAGUGGACCCAAAUAACAGGGGGAGAAAGAGGGAGAGAAAGAGGGAGAGGCGUGAGAGCGUAGAGUACAGUGCCACACAGAUAAAUGUGAUUUUUCUUUUAAGAAGUUAGGGAAACCUUUCCUUAGUGUUUCUUAGACUGGCUCCAGUUUGAAGUUUAUCGCAUUCCCUCUGGAAAAUGUCCAUGGAGUAGCGGCCUUUGUAAAUUCAACUGUAUACAAGCCAAUGAACUGAAUGUCUUUUAAAAAUGGUGUUUAACCAAUAUCACAGUGCUCCGAAGGACCCCUUGCUGUCUCUGUCCGGAGACACGGAUGAGGAUGUGGCACUGAUGGCAGGAACCCAAACGUUUGUAACAGGAUGUGAUGUCGUGUGUGGAACCAGAAAGAGGAAGAACCAGAACGGGUUGUGAUUGGCUGCAGGGCGUGGGAUCCUACAGAGAGGAUUGGUGGGGGAGGGGCCCCUCUACCUGCUGGAAACGGGUGUACGCAUCGUGGUGCUUUUUGGACUGUUUGGUGCUACGUGCUUAAUGUUUUUUCAGUGCUGUUUUGUCACCGUGGCCCCAGGUCCUUGCAAUGUUGAGGGUGUGAAUAACACAGGAAGACGUUAUUGAUACUUUGCAGUUCAGAGCUGAGGAGGGGAGUGUUUUUGCGCAGAAUCGUAGAGAAUUUGUGCGCACACUACUUUGUAAGCUACUAUUUAUAUUUUGCUCAUUAUAAUAAUCUGCAGCACAGUUUUUUUAAUGAAAUCUACCCUACCCCAGUUCAAAGCACCUUUGCUCCAAACCAAAUAACUAUCCACGACAGCCAAUACGUUUACAGUACAAUGUCCUACUUUCCCGAAUUUAUCCAUGACGCAUUGUGAAGAAAAACUGCUGAUUGUGAACCGCUUGCUCUUUUUACAGCUGCAGAAGCUGUGGUUUUAAAUGGUUUAUUAAAAAGCUUUUCUUAAA